AUGUCGAACUUCGAUCCUAACGCUAUCCUGCGCGGUGCCCAGCUCACCCUCGUUGGCGCACACCGAGCCCUGCAGAACCCGGAGCUGUUCACAACCACACACUACCGCCAGGCUGCAAUAGCCGUGUGUGCAGGUCUAGCGAUCCGUAUUAUUCUCAACAUCCCCAUCUACGCAGUCAAAUUCAUGUUGCUGGUCACUUCGCUCUUCGUCAACCUCGACCAUGAGACGUGGGAUGACAAGCUGGUCAAUGGGCUAGACUUCAUCUCGAAAUCGGUUCUACAAGUCCCCUUCUUCCUCAUGAUGGUCAUGAGCUCCAUCACGCCCACGCUGGAUAACUUGUUCAUGGACUCUCUGGCGUGGGUCGAUAAGACGUACCUCCAGAAACACAAGUCCGACGACCCCUCAACCCUGCGCGGCCUGUACCACCCGACGCUGAAGGUAUAUUCGACGCACGGUGCCCGGGAGAGGAAAGAGAGACGCAGCCCCCUUGAUGGCUUGAUCAGUGUCGGUAUGAAGUACGGUCGACGCGCAGCGAUUUCACUGGCCAUAUAUACCUUGACCUUUGCGCCGAUUGUGGGGCCCUUGGUCCUUCCCGCAGCGUCCUUCUACACCUUCAACAAGGCCGUUGGGCCUGUGCCGGCUGGGAUCGUAUUUGGGCUCGGAUUUGUGUUGCCCAAGCGGUAUAUGGUGUCAUUUCUGCAGACCUAUUUUUCGAGUCGCAGCCUCAUGUCGCGCCUGCUUGAGCCAUAUUUCUCCCGUAUCCGGUUCACCAAGCAACAGAAAAAGGUCUGGUUUAUGGACCGCAGUGGUGUGCUAUUUGGCUUCAGCGCCGCUUUUGCAGUCAUGGUCAAGGUCCCCUUGCUGGGCGUCCUGAUCUAUGGCAUCGCCGAGGCUAGCACUGCAUAUCUCAUCACUAAGAUCACCGAGCCUCCGCCUCCGCCGGGCUCGGAGACCCAGGUGUUUAUCGAGAAUGAAGUCCGCUGGAAGAACAAGCAUUUGCUCUUGAACCUUCCACUUGACAAGCUCGACGAGUUCAACGCCCGUCUGACUGGCGCCGAGAACGUGACACAACAGCCAUCGGUUCCAGAUACCCCAAGACGCAGGUUCGCUUAA